UCAAAACAAAAUAGUCAAAAUUAAAGACAAAUAGACUCAAAUAUACAGAAGCCUAGCCUUUUAUUUUAAUAAAUACCCUUUGGUCUGUGAUCAGGAUCAUACAAUGCCAUUUAGGAAUUCUUACGUAUGAUUGAUCAUUCAGAAAACAAUUAAGAAUGUUUAUAUUAAAAAAAAAAUCUUGCACGUGAACUACCCUUUAUUGUUUUUCCAACUGUUGUCACCUUGCAAACCAUGCCAACCAUGGUCUGUUAAUUAAUAUAUGCUAAAGAUGACAAUAAUUGUAAAGAUAAAGAAAAGCUAAAUCUAAAAAGGACCUCAGAUUGUAAGCACAACCUUGAAUUCAAAGCAGGCUUGUUGCACAAUGCAGAACAAAGAGACCCCUUCUUUUUGCUGAACAGCCUCCCUCACCAAAGUAAGCUAAUCCAUAAUCGCUUUAUACAAGUUUUUCUGGAAUUUUCAAUUGCAUUACUUGUGCAGACCAUAAGAUGUUUCAUGUAGAAAACUAAAAAUCUCACUAGACCUACUUCAUUCAAAGCAGGCUAAAGAUGGAAUCCAGGGGGAAAGCCACAGCAUAUCUUUUCCUAAUAUUUGCAGUAUUCCUUUCAUGGAGAGUUGGUCACGGUGGCAGGAUUUUGAUCAUUCCUUUGGAAGGCAGCCACUGGGUGAAUAUGGACAUUAUGAUUCAAGCUCUCCACUCUCGUGGGCACUCUAUUGAUGUAAUAAGGACCAAUAAAAGCUGGUACAUCAACGACGACUCUCCAUACUACAAAACCAUCACAGUUCCUGUUGCCAGAGCUUUCAAUCAUGAUUUCAUCAACCCAAUCCUUAGAAAGAUUUUUGCAUUAGAGAGAGGAGAGAGCUCUGUCUUGAGCUUCAUGAGUUUGCAGGUUGAAAUGUUUAAAGCUAUGUUCGACAUGCAUGGAAUAAUGUGCAAGAUGGCAAGCACAAUGUUGGAGGAUAAAAUGUUUAUGAAUGGUUUAAAGGCAAAAAAUUAUGACCUAGUAAUGACUGAUCCUGCAUGGGGAGCUGGAAUAAUGUUAGCACAUGCUCUUAAACUACCUCUAGUUUAUAAUGUGAGAUGGGUUACCAGUGGGGAGGGCCACUUAGCCCUUGCACCUUCUCCUUUAUCUUACAUUCCAAUGACAGGCUCAGGACUGACAGACAAAAUGACCUUUAUGGAGAGAGUCAAAAAUGUCCUUUUCUACACUAUCUGGGAAGUCCAGGACACCUUUCUGAUCCGUCCCCAGUAUCAAGCCAUCUGUAAUAAAUUCUUUGGCCCAGAUGUUAGAUACAGUGACUUGUUGCGGGAAGCAGACCUGUGGCUCAUGAGAGUGGACUUUGUUUUUGAGUUUCCUCGCCCUACCAUGCCAAAUGCCAUGUACAUCGGGGGCUUUCAGUGUGAACCAGCUAAACCUCUUCCUAAGAACCUGGAGGAGUUUGUUCAGAGCUCUGGACAGCAUGGCGUCAUCAUCAUGUCUCUUGGGACUUUUGUUAGUGAGCUCCCUUCAGAUGUGACAAACAAAAUUACUGAAGCUUUUGGUCAGUUACCUCAGAAAGUAAUCUGGAGCUAUAAAGGUAUCAAACCGGCCAAUGUGGGAAAAAACACUUUACUGGUUAACUGGAUGCCACAAAAAGACCUUUUAGGACAUCCAAAGGUGAAACUAUUUGUGGCUCACGGAGGAACAAAUGGAGUCCAGGAGGCCAUUUAUCAUGGAGUACCAGUAGUGGGUUUACCUGUGUUUUAUGACCAGUAUGACAAUCUUCUCCGACUGCAAGACAGAGGAGCGGCUAAGAUCCUUACCUUAGCAACUGUAGACAAAGAGGACACAUUUCUGAAAACUGUCAAAGAAGUACUGUCUGAACCAUCCUACAGAAUUAAUAUGCAGAGACUCUCCAUAUUGCACAGGGAUCAGCCAAUGAAGCCAAUCGAUACCGCCCUCUUCUGGAUAGAAUUUGUAAUAAGACACCAAGGUGCAGCUCAUCUGAGAACCGAGUCCCACAGACUGCCUUGGUAUUCCUACUACUCUGUAGAUGUUUUCCUGUUCUUCCUGUUUGUUGUUGUAGUAAUUACAUUUUCAAUAGUCACGACUUUCAGAUUGCUCUGUCUUGCAAAAUGCUUGAAAGGAAAAACUAAUCAAACAAAGAAAAAAUGACAAGGUUCUG